AUGGCGAUGGGGGCCAUCCCGAUCACGAGUCGAUUCCCGACAUCCACCCUCCCGGAGUUGACAGACCAGUGGGAUAUGGGACCCCCCGAGGCCCUCGCCAGCCACCAUUUGCUGCCAGAGCAUGACAUGCCUUGGUUGAAAAGCUGGGCCAGGGCAGUCGUGCACGCUUCCAAGACCGAUACCUCGGAACGAAUACGCCAAAGGGGGGCACCAAAAGCAGACGCCCGAUCGGAAAUCCCCGAAACGGACGCCAGCGAAAGGGGUGCCAGAACACACAGACAAGGGGCGACUGCUUACGAUGAUGACCGGGAACACGACGCCUCGCAAGGCUUUGAAAGUGUUGUCGGUCAAGGACGACGUCGUCGCUUUGGCGGCGUGCAGGACCGGCGGGAAGAUAUGAAGGCCGCCGUUAGAGAGCGGUACGCCUUCAGCUCGACGGCAAUGCUUUGGGCGAGGGAGAUGACGGGGGACGGCGCCGACACUCGGCCUCAGGGGGGUGCUCUCCUGUUCAAUCCAUAGCCUUAGGACUAUCCUCGGGCUACAUCUAUUUCAGUGCAAGUUUCAGCCGGGAACGCUUGAGAUAUUUCCAGCUAAGGGCUAGCGACGGUGUGAUCAAUGGAUUUGGACCGUAUCCCCGGUUUCGUUGUCUCCCCCACAUGCUGACAACUGCAAUAAUGUGCCGUUUUCACUUCACGAACUUUCAGUUGAGAAAGCUGAAGAAUCGGAAGCAACCGCCUCAAGGUGUGGUGUGUUUUCGAGGUGGUCUUUGUGAGUACGCUAUGAGUGGUGUAGGUGGUAGAAGCUAGCAAACCAUGCUAUUGGCCAGCUUCGUUGUUGCCACCGUUUUCUUGAUUUGUCUGUAUGGAUGCCCUCUACUCUGGGUGAGCGGAGAGUCCGGGGUUGUGGUGGCUAUGUCCUGCCACCGGAGGUUGGCUAUUUCCUUUGGUGCAAUGUGGCGAGGAAUGCCAAGCGUGACCGAGCGAACUCAGUCAAGCUAGGGUGGUGCGGAGAGUGGGCGAGCCUUCGUGGACUCCUUUUCCCAUUUUCCUAAAGAUCCAUCAACCCUUCGCAGCCGUUGGGGGUCAUAAGAGUUGGGGACCCUCGGAGAAUAGUAAUCCAGUAUCACUUGUUCCCUCAGAUCCUACACUUUAUGUACGUGUAUCUGUGCUCCCUGAAUCUCCAUAUCCUGACCUCCACAUCUGCACCCUAAAUACCGCUGCUCCGGUGACUGCGUGUAUGCCCAAAGUUGUGGUAGGCUUCUAUUCGCCUCAACCGUUAGGGAUGCCAAUCGGGCCGAUUUUGGCGGCAAAAACGUGACCGGUCUAUUCGAGGAUUUUGGGAAAAAAAGGGGGGCACGCGGAUUGUUGGUUCUCAGCUCAGCUCUUGAAAUCAUACCGAUCAAAGUAUACUUUAUCCUCCGUAUGUUUGUCAAGAGUCCCUGCGUCCAGGAAGCGAUGUGGCUCUUCAUACGUUACACACAUCUGGAGACAGGUCAUCUACACGUGACUGCGGGUUCGUUUUCUACUGACGUUCAGAGGGCGGGCGAACAAUACAGAAAACCCUAUGAAAUUCGGUUUGAAGGCUCACACGCUCGUGGCCGCGUUUGGUGAUCGUAGAACAGCGGAUCCGCAGCGCACAGCCUCGGGUUUUCAGCGACACAACGCAAG